UGUGCCUGACAGGGACAGCCCCCCAUUUCCAUUCGAGGUUCUGACGCUCCCUUCUCCCCCGCUUGUUAAUCUUUGUUCCCCUUUUCUGCUGAGAGGAGGGGAAAAAAAAAAAAAGAGGGAGAAAGAAAAGAAGGAAAAAGGCGUGACUCGAUUUUCAAACGAAACUCCCACAGCAAACAAAACCCUUUUAGAGAAAUAAGAAAGGAGGAAGGAGGAAGAAAAGAGGAAAGGGGAAGAAAAAAAAGAGAGAAGCCUCCAGGCUUGCAAUUCGAGUAGGAGAGUUGCACCGAAAGAAAGAGAAAGAAAAAAAAGAAAAAUCCUCUUUGCGGUAGAAAAAGAAAAAGAAAACUUGGGCCGACUAGAGGGGGGUGCUGGGGGGGUGGAAGGAAGUGAGAAAACAAAAGAGAGAUAAAAGGGCUGCUUUUCUCUCUUCCUCUGCGAGCUGGCUUAGGAGGAGCUGUUUAGCAUCCCUUCACGUCAGCCCUGCCUCAUUCCCUUCUUCCAGGGAGGGAGAGAGCGCGAGCGAGCGCGAGAGAGCAGGAGGGAGAGAGAGAGGGGGAGAGAGAAAGAGAGGAGCCGGAGGGAGGGUGGCAGAGCAGGGCGGGCGCGCGUGGAGGCGGCGCGCAGCAGCAACCCGGGCGGUGGGCAGCAGGAGCCCCCGGCCCGCCCGGCCCGGCCAGCCGAGGGCCCCCAGCGCCAGGAGCCGCGCCCGGACCCAGGAAAUGCCCUCUUAGCUAGCCGCCGCGGGAUGGAGGGCUUCAUGGACUCAGGGACACAGACGGACGCUGUGGUGGUGCUGUCCUUGGCUCAGGCUGCUGUGCUGGGCCUGGUCUCAGAAAAUGAGCUCUUUGGAGCCACCAUAAGUGCUGAGGCCUUUUACCCAGACCUAGGGCCAGAACUAUCUGGGACAGCUAUUGGGGAGCCAGGACCACCAGGACCUGACAUCUAUCAGCUGGCCUGUAAUGGGCGGGCCCUGGAAGAGCCCCCGGAAGAGGAGGUGCUGGAGGUAGAGGCAGCCUUUGAGAAGCACACCCGGAGGAAGACACGCCCCCCUGUGCGGCUGGUACCCAAGGUCAAGUUUGAGAAGACAGAAGAGGAAGAGGAGCAGGAAGUGUAUGAGGUAUCUGUGCCUGGUGAUGACAAGGACCUGGGACCCUCAGAGGCCCCUGCCGAGGUGGCCAGUGGUGGCUGCGAGACCCUGGUGCAGAGCAGUGCUGUCAAGAUGAUCGACCUCAGCGCCUUCAGCCGCAAGCCGCGGACACUCCGGCACUUGCCUCGAACUCCAAGGCCAGAGCUGGACAUGGCCCCGUUCGAUCCUCCUUUCCCCGAUCCAACCCGGGAUGGCUUCCCUGAGCCCAGCAUGGCACUACCCGGACCAGAGACUUUGCCCACCGAAUGUGGUUUUGAGCCGCCUCACCUGGCCCCCCUGAGCAAUCCUGAGCCUCCCACCAUGACACCGCCAGAGCUGGUCAAACCAGAACAGGGCUUUGUGUGGCAGGAGUCCAGCGAGUUCGAGGCAGACACAGCAGGCUCCACAGUGGAGCGGCACAAGAAGGCACAGCUGGACCGGCUGGACAUCAAUGUGCAGAUCGAUGAUUCCUACCUAGUGGAGGCGGGCGACCGCCAGAAACGCUGGCAGUGCCGCAUGUGUGAGAAGUCUUACACAUCCAAGUACAACCUGGUGACGCACAUCCUGGGCCACAAUGGCAUCAAGCCACAUUCAUGCCCACACUGCAGCAAGCUGUUCAAGCAACCCAGCCACCUGCAGACGCACCUGCUGACACACCAGGGCACACGGCCCCACAAGUGCCAGGUGUGCCACAAGGCUUUCACCCAGACCAGCCACCUCAAACGCCACAUGCUGCUGCACUCUGAGGUCAAGCCCUACAGCUGUCACUUCUGUGGCCGUGGCUUUGCCUACCCCAGCGAGCUUAAGGCCCACGAGGUAAAGCACGAAAGUGGCCGCUGCCACGUCUGUGUCGAGUGCGGCCUAGACUUCUCCACUCUGACCCAGCUCAAGCGCCAUCUGGCCUCCCACCAGGGCCCCACCCUCUACCAGUGCCUCGAGUGUGACAAGUCCUUCCACUACCGAAGCCAGCUACAAAACCAUAUGCUCAAACACCAGAAUGUGCGGCCCUUCGUGUGCACAGAAUGUGGCAUGGAGUUCAGCCAGAUACACCACCUCAAGCAGCACUCCCUCACCCACAAGGGCGUGAAGGAGUUCAAGUGUGAGGUAUGUGGCCGAGAGUUCACCCUGCAGGCCAACAUGAAGCGCCACAUGCUGAUCCACACCAGUGUCCGGCCCUACCAGUGCCACAUCUGCUUCAAGACCUUUGUGCAGAAGCAGACGCUCAAGACUCACAUGAUUGUGCACUCACCCGUGAAGCCAUUCAAGUGCAAGGUGUGUGGGAAGUCCUUCAACCGCAUGUACAACCUGCUGGGCCACAUGCACCUGCAUGCAGGCAGCAAGCCAUUCAAGUGCCCAUACUGCUCCAGCAAGUUCAACCUCAAGGGAAACCUGAGCCGGCACAUGAAGGUCAAGCAUGGCGUCAUGGACAUCAGCCUGGACAGCCAAGACCCCAUGAUGGAGCUGGCAGGCCCCGACCCCUCUGAACUUGACAGCCAACAGGAGAUGGAGGACUUCGAGGAAAACGCCUACACCUACACCAGUGUGGACAGCAGCACGGAGGCCAGCACCCUCACUGAGCAGGCCAUGAAAGAGAUGGCCUACUACAACGUGCUAUAGCAGGCCAACUGAGUGGGUGAGGAGGGCACAGGGUGUGACCCACGUACUGAGGGCUGCACCUCUGCAGCCCAGAACCAAGCUACUGCCCACUGCCCAGCCCCCCUCCUCACCCCCAGUCAUUUGCACCACUAGGGACCUUUAGACCAAAUGGAGACUGUACUACUGUCCUUGCAGGGAGCUGGGCGCAGGCCUAGGCAUCCCAGUGAGGGAAAGGUAACCGGGAGGCCCAGAUCCGGUCCUCCUUGGCCUGCUGCUGUGGGUGGGUAGGGGAAAUGCUAGUGAAGUCUCUUAUAGGCACGGGCACACAAACUCAGAAGUCUGCUCCAAGCUGCCUCAGGCCCAUAGGGGCUCUUGAGGAAGAGAAUGCUUGAGCCAGGUCUUGUCUCUCUUCUCCACCGACUCUGGCCUUUAAGGACAUUUGCGCUCCUGCACUGCCCACCCCAACCCUGCUCAGACCCAAGAACCUCUUCCCUUCCCGUCACUCAACAGCCAGGCAGGGCACCUCUGCCUUCUACCUCCUGGGCCUCCCCUUGCUCCAUCCAGACAUGCAUGUGGCCCUAGCCCUGGCCCUGCCUGUAGGAGAGCAGGGGAGCCCAGCCUCCAGAGCCCCUCCCAGCCAGCCGGCAGAGCACCCUUGCCCUCAGCCCUAUUUGAAAGAAUGUCCCUAAUGUGCAUUUCAACAAAUUGCAUCCAGUUCUGCCCCAAGCUAAAGUACCAACCAUAGUCUCCUCACCAAACAAAAUCAGGACAUGCCUUGUGUCUGGCAUUAACAAGGACAGGUGGGGGUCCCUUGAGUCACGGGGAAGGGCAGGGUGACACCCCUGGGACCAAGAGAGGCUUGGGAAGAGGAGGACUAGAAUGGUUUUGAUUGUUUGUUUUAUGAGCAAGCAGGUUGUUGUGAGGAGUGGGUGAGCUGAGGCUCAGCAGGCUCCCAGGGAAGAGCAACAUACUUAAAAAGGAAAUUAAAGGCCAUGAGGGGCAGGGCCUGUUUUGAGCAAGUGAGGGCAUUUUGAAAGUAAUUCACCAACUCUUGUCUGUUAUCUUUGAUGGAGUGAUGGGCAGGCAAAUGGAAGCUUUGUUGUAUGCUGUGCACUCCCGGCUUCCCUUCCCUAAAGCAGUCAGGCAUGGUAGGACCUAGCCCGGGAGGUGGGAGCCUCAGAAGGAUCAGGCAGAAGAGAAGGCAGCAGAGGACCUACCUGGUCCUCAGGGCCAGUGGCUCUGUCCUAUCCAGGUGACCAAGGCUUCUGACUCCGUGUGGCCAGCUGCCCCCUCCUCACCUUCCCUUCGGGUAGUGACUGGCACAUUCAGAAACCUCCAGAGCACCCAAAGCCCUGCCCAUAAAUCCCCAGGCCCCCAGGGGAGCAGACAGGGCCAACCCUGAAAAGGCACAGAUGAAGCCACCAGCUUUGGCUGAAAAACCAAGAGGGGGAACCAGCUGGGGUGGAAGGUGCUGAUCUCAAGUGCAGCUGCCUCCAAGCCUGUGUCCCUAAGUGAGACUCCAAGCCAGGCCUCAGGGUGACUUCAAGACUGGGAGUCAGGUGGACACAAUGGCCCAGGUGUGGUUUCCCACGGCUCCCAGCCUCCCAGGUGCCGGUUGUGAAGACCCUCAGGUGGCAGUGAUUAGGUGUCACUGUACAAGACAUUUCUCCUGCUGAGCAGAAGGCAUCACCCCUGCAAACUACCUCUUCCCGCAAUGACUUUCUCCCCUGGUACCAAAAAGCACCCCGUACCUCCUCCUCUCCUGCCAAAGCAGUGGCCUUGGUCUUGGAAACAGAAGGGAGAAGUCUGGCCUGGGUGGGGUCUCUCAUUGCUCACCCCGCCAUUGGCACAACCCUCUGAGGGGUCCCAUGCUCAAAAAGCCCCUGCCCUAGGUACGCCUCGUGCCUGGGCAAUGCAGAGAGGAAGGUACAACACAGUGCACAGUUGGAGCUGGGGGCGGUCCUGGCAAGGCUCCGGCCUCACCCCUCCCAGCCUUCUGAAAAGGGUGACUCAAACCCUGGCCGAAUUCCACUCUAACUUAUUUUGACAUGUAUACAAACCAACUGUCUAGCGAUCCCACUUGUGCAGAGCCCUACUGUGUUUUUAUGUUCCUGUUUAAAAGAGACGUUUACUUAGCAAUAAUUAUAAAUAAAUGAAUAUUCUUUAGUGA